AUGGUACUUUUGUAUCAGUCACCCUCCCAAUAUGCCGCUGGUGUGUAUCGACAGCGCAUGGCUGACAUCUUCACGAAGAGUGGGGAAUGUGAUGGGCGAGCGGAGGGGCAGUGGGGGAACGGAAAAGAAGAAGGAGGGGCCAUUGACAGCUCGGCGCUUUUCCUGGACUUGGACGUCCUCGAGGCGAGGACACGGCAGUGUGGAGAGAUGGCAGCCCUGUUGCUGGGAGGAGGAGGGGGAGGGGAACCGACAAGCAUGGCGCACACUGGCGUGGCUGCAUUUGCAGCUGGAUAUGACAAGCGGCCCACUCCCUGA